ACUGUCUGUCUGUAUCAGUAUAUUGUGUUGACUAACAGUGUGAGGCCGAUUAUAUGUAUAUUUUUGGAGUGUAUUUGUUGUAAAUAAUUUUCAAAAUCAUACUUCGAUACUGGAUUUCAGUGUAAAAAAAAUUACUAGUUUGCAUUCCGUUUUGAUUUUUGUAUAGUGAAACAACAUGUAUGAAAAUAAGCUGAUAGUUCCUGCUCCAAAAAUCAAGGAUCGUCAGUUCUCUAAACCAUUGCUUUGCGGACCUGGACCAUCUGAUAUCUGGCCGUCUGUCAACGAGGCUCUCACGAAACCGAUUCUAUCUCCAUUUUGUGAUGAACUAUUUAAUGUGAUGGAUGAUAUCCGUGCUGGUUUACAAUAUGCUUUCCAGACUAAAAGCAAAUUAGUACUUGCCAUGAGUGGCUCUGGACACUCAGGAAUGGAAGCAGUUAUUAGCAAUUUAGUUGGCCCUAAACAGAAGCUUCUCAUAUGUGCCAGGGGUAUAUGGGACGAUAGAGCAUUGGAUAUGGCCACAAGAUACGGUAUCAACGCAAUAGUACAUCGUAUACCAUUUAAUACCACUUUUAGUUUUGCCGUAAUUGAGGGUCUGCUGAAGAGAAUACGUCCAAAAGCAUUAUUUAUCACUCAUGGUGAUUCAUCUACAGGUUCUGUACAGAAAAUAGAGGGUCUCGGUACAUUAUGUCACAAAUAUGGUGCACUCUUAUUGGUGGACACAGUAGUUUCUUUGUCAGCGGAGCCUUUCCUAAUGGACGAAUGGGGUGUCGAUGGAGUAUACUCCUCGACCCAAAAAGUACUCAGUGGACCGGCGGGUAUUUCGCCUGUUGCAUUCAGUGAGCGAGCCCAAGAAGUCAUUAAAAAGAGGAACUUUAAACCACCGUUUUACUUCGACAUUGAAUUGUUAGCUGCACAAUGGAACUGCUUUGGAAACACAAGAAAAUAUCAUCACACACUAUCACCACCACUGCUAUGGGCACUUCGAACCUGCCUAAAGGAGCUAAUCAAGGAGACUCUACCCGAAGCGUGGGCUCGCCAUUCCAGAACCACAGCACAUUUCCAGAAACGUAUUCAAGAAUUAUCUCUGGAACUUCUAAUCCCUAAACCUGAAGACCGGCUGGUAACUGUGACGACUGUGGUCCUGCCAAAAGGUUACGACUAUAUAGAGUUUGUAAAGUAUAUGAUAAAAAAUCAUAACAUCCUGAUUUUUCCUGGACUGGGACCCACAGUGGGCAAGGCACUUCGCGUCGGUAUCAUGGGUGUCAAUUCAACUAUACAGGUCGCAGAUGCUGUAGCAGACGCAAUAGCGGAUACGUUGAUAGCUCUUAAAAAAUCUUCUCUUUGAACUUUAAACCUUCUAUACCAUAUUGCAAUGUCGUGGUUGAACCACUGUUUGUAAAACUGAAU